AGCGUGACCACAGAUGAGGUAGAUACAGAUGUGAAUCUUCCGUCAAAUUGCUGAUUGUUUUGUGUCACACGGAAUUCUCACUUCCGGCGAGCGCUGGCAAGUGUCGUUCUGAAAUUUAAUAAGGAAAGAGAUAGGAAAACGCCGUUCGAAAGACGAAAAAUUGUUUUUUUUUAAAAUCUACGCUACCGACGGCUAUUUUUGGAAUUAAUUCUUCAAGAGUAUCGGUAAGCGAUCACUUUUAUUGAUUUCUUUUUAUUAAAAGUGAUAACAUAACAUUUUAUUUAGCAAAAGUUUGUUUUUUUCCUUAUCUAUUCCUUAUUAAAAUUGUGAAAUACACUUGCUGGGAAUUUCAGAUGCUCAUGUAUAAUAACAAAACAGCGAAUGAUAUAAAUUCCUCAAAACAUAACUCUGGCAUAAAAAAAACAUGAAUACUUCUAUAAUAUGUAUAGUUUUAUUUCUCUGCAUUAUCAAAAUUUAAUAAAAUAGUGAAUUAAUACAAUUUUAAAGUUUAUUUAAUCGGUGUGACAUAAUUUGCCGUGAGAUUCACAUCUGUAUCUACCUCAUCUGUGGCGUGACAGUGAAUAUGGCGGCCAAGUAAUUCGGCCAAAGCCUGUGGGUGAGCAGCUAGUUCUGUGGCAAUUUCUCAAAUAUUUACUUGCUUUUCCUUGACAUUUUUCCAUGGGUCUUUUUCUGUUCAUUUGCUUUAUUGUGUUAUAACAUGAGUGAUGAUAAAACAGAUGAAAAUCCGUUUUCAUUCAAGCAUUUUGUCAAGAAUAAGGAUGGUUUGGAUGAUCCGGACGUCGACAACAAAUCUGGCAGCCGGCCCCAACAACCACGGUCUGACGAAGUAAAUGUUAAAAAUAAUGAACUACCAUUCCCUGAAGUGACUGAAACUGGAGUCAAAAAGCGAAAUAAAGGUAUUAAUAUCUACUGUACAAUCAGCAGAAAUUCACUUAUUGAUAAAAAUCCAUGAUCGGAAUUAAAUCCAACUAAUAAAUCGAUAACAAUCAAUCAGUUAGUCAAUUGGCAUCGAUUGUUAUCGAUGAAUCGAUAGUCCAAUAAAACUUGGAAAUUAUCAUUGAAAAUAUUGAUUGAUUAAAUUAUCAAUUCUCUUAGAACAAUGAUUUAUUGGCAAGUGUCUGCUUUAUUAUUUUACUCCGUCUAAUGCCAGACAAUUUCACUCAUCAAGGGAGAGAGCUGGCAGUAUAGACCCAUUGCACUGACGUCACAAAUCCUUUCAGUGUCCUCCAGAUGCUCCCUAACAAUAUCUGUUUGGGUACAAUGACCACAUACAGAGCAAAAACUAACCAUUUUAAUACAAAAUUAUUAUAAAGUUUUUCAAAAUUUGCUUUGUUUACAAAAGUUAUAUUAUGCAUAGAUUGCUAAUUUGUCCUCCAGAUGCACCGGCGCUGUGACGUCAUGUGCAAUGGGUCUAUAUGGGUAUGUCUGACAUGUUUAGCAUGAAAAAUUGGACUGAUGGGACUGAGGAAUGUUGGAGUUGAUUCUAAUGUGUUUGAAUUGUGUAUGCAACCUUAACGAUUAUUCUCUUUUACCCAAUGGCUUUGUUAUCAUGGAAACGAGGCCAUUGGGUAAAAGAGAAUAAUCAGUAAGGUCUAUAGUCAUUCUAACUUGUAGUUUCAGGUUAGUGAAUGAAUACCCUUCAAAAAUCUGUAUUUUGUGUACUUCAUUUUAAAGACUAUGCAGAGCCUGAAAUAAUUUUAAAAUUUGUCCGGAAAAACUUCCGAUCAAAACGAAAUUUGACCGGAAAUUUGCAAAAUUGACCGGAAUUUUUUUUAGUUUAGUUUGACAAAGUCCACUCCCCCCCCCCCAAUGAGCAAACUCUGUCAAGCAUGCAGACGUGCACUGAGUAAAUCACUCUACUUGCAAUUGUGUAAGGUAAUUGUAACUGUAGCGAAAAUUCAAAAUGGUCGUGAGCCGACGGGUGUUUUAAAUUGAUUGACGGGUGAUUUAAAUUGCAAAUUAUUAAGACUCACCUCACAUUUUCACGACAACACCACGCUGUAAGCCACCUUCUUGUUUAUUGAGCCCAUGAACCAGCCUAGUUCCUGGCCUUCUCGCUUCCGCCUCAUUAUUUUAGGGGGAAAUCGAUAAGGUUUGCAGGUUGACCGUGAUAAAGCUGUAUUAUUUGGAGACUGGGGAAACUGACAGCCCACAAGUUCACGACAGCCUGUAACUCGCCCGCGCUUGGAAGACCAGGGACUAGGCUGCCCGUGAACUAUACUUUCCAGUUGAUUACUUUAUAUUAGCCUAAUAUAGAUAAUCCAAACUUACAGAUGGUACUCACUGUGCUGAGCGCCGACCCGAUCAUUAAGAAAACAUUUUUCUUUUUCUCAAAAUUUGGCCGGACAAAAUUUCCGAUCAUUUCAGCAUUUGGUCGGAAAAAUCGGAAUUUGGUCGGAAAACCGCCGGCCGUUAUUUCAGGCUCUGCUAUGGGGCUGUUUAUAUGGAGGCAAGCCUGGAUACCAAAUCUACAGUAGCUCACUUUGCCAAGCUGAUUUCAUCCUGCGUUUACAUUGAGGCUUUUUGAGGCCUGCAGGCAAUCUGGUUUGCCAAAACAAACCACUGGUCUCACCGCUAUAAAUAGUAUAAUAUAUUAAAUAUAUUUUCUCACAAACCUGAAAUUUGCACUUUUGUGAGCAACUUUCAUGGUUAUAACCCACAGAAUUAUUCACUGAGAGUAAUUAAUUUUAUAAUGUUCAGUAUAUUUGCAUAAACAGAGCAAUAACAGCCCAGGCAUUGCAUUUAUAUGGAUAUUUUCAGCCCAGUCACCUUAGAUCUCGGGUUAGUCAAGGCAGGAUCUCAGUCAGCCGGGCCAGAUUGGUUCCCAUAUAAAUGCAAAAUGAAAUUUAGCAAAAUAGGUCAAAACUCUGGCGCACAGCACUAGCAUGUAAUAAUGUAUUUUGGUGGCAUAUACCACACAAGCUCAUGUGUUGUAUGGUACUAUCAUGAUAGCUCUAUUAACCCAUUGAGUGGCAGCACUCUACCCCUGACAAGUAAAAUCAUCUGGCAUUAGACAGAGUAAAAUAACAAAGUAGGGUGCAUCUGGGCACAUUGCCACUAAUAGGGUUAACCUUAACCAAUAUACAACCCUCAAAAACCAAUAUAUUGUACCUCUCAAAAAAUCUACUAAGAGUACUAACCCAAACCUAAAAAGUUUUAACAAAUGUUGUAGUCCACAAAACUGCCUCCAGCCAGUUACCAUUAAUUUAAAAUUUUUACAAUUUCAAUUGAAACGUUACAGUCAGGUACAAAAAUUCGAAGAUCUGCUGCUCCAGCAGAAGAUAGAAUGUUUUUUGCUUUGCCCCUAAAUGUAAACCGACAAUUGGUAAAUGUGAAAGUAUAUAAUAUGUCUUCAUAUUUCUCAGGGUGCGAUAAUUGAAAAUUUUGGUCGUCCCCAUUUACAUUGAAUGCACCCUGGACUACCAUAUCCUUAUAUAGAAGGAUGUGCAUAUUAGCGCUGUGCGGUUAACCGAAAAAUUCGGUUCUUCCGGUACUUUUUUCAGCACCGAAAAAUUAUACGCAAAAGAACCGGUAGUUUCGGUUUUAAUUUUCCGUUUAACGGCCGCCAAACACCCACCUGAUUGCAGGUUGAAAUGUUUGGAAAAUAACAAGAUUGUGCUCUUUGUGCACAAUAUGCACUGUACUAAGUGCUCAAAUAGUUGAUAUUUUAGUUGUGAUAGUAAUUGUUGUGAACUUGCUUUAAUUUUUUUUUUAAACUAAGAAAUAUUUCAUCUUCAUAACUAAAUUCCAAUUGUUCUUUUAAAAUACUCAGAGAUUUAUAAAAACUUACAAAGUCAAAGGCAUAAAUUCAUCUAUUUAGUACUAACAUACAUAAAUGAGUUAAUACAUUUGUACUGUUCUUCUUUUUUGAAAAUAACCGAAACCGAACCGAGGUUUUUUUGUUCGAAAAAACCCGAAACCGGAACCUAGAUAAAAUUUUUGGAACCGCACAGCUCUAGUGCAUAUAAUAGAGGGCCCACAAUUUAUGCCAUUAACUAACGUAAAAAUAUUUAGUCUUUUCAGGAUUCACAAAAAAUCGCAAAAACUUUUCACGUUCAUGAAAAAAUAUAAACGAAAUGCACAGAUUAAUAUUACUGCGUAACUGUGUUAUACAUCAAGUACUUGUGAUUCUGAGGCCGGUUGUUCAAAGGUGGGUUAACGCUAACCCUGGGUUAACAUUUAACCUGCUGUUGUAGUUUAUGUAUUUCUACAUAUCUAUCCAUUUAAAAACUUCAGAGAAGUAAACUCCUAUCGAUCCAGACAAGAUCUAUGAAGAAAUAUUUCCAAAUUUCUAGACGUCAAGCUGUCAGGAAGUUUGCUUUGAAUUUUAGGUUAACCUUGGGUUAAGCUGACCCAGCUUUGAACAACCCGCCAAUAAACGAGACAGACAAUAAACGAGAACAUACAAAACAUAAGGAAUUCCCUAUUCAAUCCUAAAACAACUGCAUGUUCGCGAAAAACAAAUAAUCAACGAGUCAUUUGCACCCAUCAUUCACGGUUCAUGAUUAAAUCAAAACUCUCUUUUACAUUUACGUGAAAAAGAUUCCAAAUAUUCAAAUCAUGAAUCACUGAUUAAGAAAUUAUCGGUCACGUUUCACCGCUAAAUAAAACAACCCCAUCACGCUUUGCGCGAAGAGUAUACAGUAUCGAUUAUAACUGUCAGAAAUCAGCUUUUUGCUGAACCCAAGCGAGGUCCUCAUAAUAUACUGUAUGAGCAGUAUUUUAAAUCCAAUAUGACCCAGGGGGACAGACGUUUACAGUCAAAGUUCGCAGUGUAAAUAAGAUUUUCAUGAAACUCUUAAGUCACGGUGCGAUAAAUUGCGUACUUACGUUCCGGAGGUACUGUACGCCACAGCCAAGGGUGGGUCGACUACAAAAUGUUUGUAGUUCGCUAUAACUACAGCUACUUCAAAAAUAUGUUGUCAGCUACAACUACUGCUACUUUUGAACAAAGGUAGUUCGCUACUGACUACAGCUACUGCUUAAAAAAUGUAGCGAACUAUUUCGCUAUUUCGCUACUCUAUAUUUUUUAGUUUUACGGUAUUUGGAGCCCACUAGCUCAGGCUGUAGUAUAACCUACAACAAAUCGACUUACGAGUAGCAACAGUAAACAAAAAGGGUCAAAGCAACAUUUUUAUAAGCACUACAGUGUUCAGGAGUGCCACUUUUCAUUGCGCUAAAAUAAUCUUUACUGUAGAAAAUAAUCUUUUAUAAUAAGCAAACCGUGUCUUAAUAUCAUGCUAUUCUAUGAACGGUUGCUAACAUAUUUUAAAAAGUAGCGAAUAGCGAUUCGCUGUUUGAAAAGCAGUCAACUACUUGGCUACUUUUAGGCAAAAUGUAGUUCGCUAUAACUACAACUACUGUUUUAAAAAAGUAGUCAAAAACUACUGGCUACUUGAAAAUUGUAGUUCGCUACAGUAGCGAACUACAACUACUUCGCUACUACCCACCCUUGGCCACAGCACUAUUAUGGUCUGGUGCUUAUUUGUUUUCAACCAAGUGGAGCGGAACCCUUGUUAUCUGCGUGCUUGCAUUUUGCUGGUACCAUAGGACCUUACUAAGCCCAAGGUAUUCAAAACUGACAUGUCUUGGCAUGAGACAUGACUGGACUGAUGGGUAUAGGGGUCGUUUUUGCGUGCUUGCAUGACCGCAAAAAUUAUUUGAAAAUGUGCCUGCAAAAUGUCUUCAUUCAAGAUGCGAAGCCAUCAGCCAUGAAUUACUAUAGAUUAGUAGACCGAUUAGUAGACUGGCUUGUGAGUUAUGGCUUUAUAUAUGUUUCCCAAUAAACAUGAACUAUACAAUCAAAUAGUAACAGAUAGUAAAAUACAUAAUAAAAUAAGAAUUAUUUAAUUAUAUUGAGAAUUAUGAAAUUUAUUUUAUAACUUCUGGUUUCAAAUGUUUUACAAAAUGUGCCCGCUGCAAGUAGUUGUUUCCGAAACGUGCCUGCGACCAUCGGUCCAGCAGUCGCCACUUUAAUGACCCCUGCUGAUGAGACUGAGGAAUCUUGGAGCCAAUUCUAGUGUUUGCGUGUGUAAUUGUCGUCCUUCUCGUUGUAACUUAUAGUUUCAGGUUACUGAAUGAAUACCUUUCAGAAACCUGUACUUUAUGUACAUCAUUUCGAAGAGUAAGUACACCUUGAGUCUUAAGUUUGUACCACCUCAAGUACGAGGCAAUAAUCAUUAGAGCACCAGUCAGGUACGAUUAAAAAUCUCGAAUUGUCGCACCCUGUGACUUAACGAGAAUAAGAGUUCGGAUGAGAAUUCCAUCUCUCGCUUGCGCCUGACCGCCUACUCUCAUCGACUCUCAAGAUGUUCGUUACACGCUGCGAUUUGUCGUGUAUGAUUCUUAUUCUGGCGUAUGCAAUCAAAUAAGCACGGUAAAGUGUUUGCAUUAAAGUAAAUUCUCCAAGUGAAUGCAGAGGAUUGUGGCGUCAUUAGUCAUUUUCGUGAGCCCGAAUACCAAUCAGGGCUCAAGAUUUGCAGUAUCCCGAUUCCCGAUAUCCACUAGAUACCAGAUUUCAAUUUUGGAUAUUGGAAAUCAUAGGCUUAGUAUCCCAACUGGAUGCUAUAAAAAUUUUGAUUUUCGAAUCCAAACUCUGAAGUCUGUAUAUUGUGGCAAAAUGUUCAACAACAUGUAUUUUUAGUCACUGAGGUUUUGGCCCAGCAACCACAGGUUUGUCCUUCGGCUUUUCUAAUACAAGUUGGUCAUGAUAAACUAGGGACACUACAAACAGCUGAAACAUAUACCUUGCUUGGAUACUGCAUGCUAAUGAGAAUACCUCACUCUGCAAAUCUCGGAGAGAUUUUAUUUCUAGGAGGGACACCAGAUUUUAAGGUGCUAGUAUCCACUUGGAUACUAGUAUAAGAAAUUCAAAUCUGGAGCCCUGCCAAUCGUGCCAGGAAAAUCGCAACGUGUAAACGUACCUUCACGCACUCUCAUCAACGUUGAACAGGUUCAAAUUUUGAUGGUCCGGUAAUAUCUUAGAUAUUUUGGUCAACUCGCACGCAACUCUCGUUUGACUUGAGCAUGAGAGUUGACAAAACUCUCAUGCAAACUCAUUCCCCUUUGACUUGGGUUUUAUACAUUCUUAUAGGAGUUCGGUUUGAAUAAUAUUUUAUAUACUUCUUCAUUAUAUGUUUUAAGGGAAGGAUGCCAAGAAAUCUUCACACGUCAAGGAAAAGCAAUUGGAGGCAUCGAAUGAACUGGAAAAUAAUAAUCCAUUUUCAUUUAAGAAUUUUGUUAAGAAGGAUGCUGCAUUGAAAACUGGAGGUCGUGUUUUGCAGGUGCGUUUAUUAUGUAAUCACCACGGUUAUUAAUUAUUUUGGGCAAAUUUCAUCAUUCCUGUCAAUGGCGAACACUUAACGAAAUAUUUGGGGGAGUACAGCUUUGUUAUUCAGCUAUCGUAAAGGCUUUCAGAAAUUAUUAGGUGGCGGUUAGCAUGCAGUCCUAGUUUCCGGCACUGUUUGCUGCAACUUGCCGUUUUACCAGUGUUGUGAACGGGAGGUGCUGGUGUGUGGACGGUAGUUCAUAUGCAAAUGUCACCGAGUCUGCAGCUUCUGAUAAUAAUUUCGUAUCAGCAGGGUGCGAUAAUUAAAGAUCUUUAGUCGUAUCUGACUGGUACUCCAAUGAUUAUUUCCGCAUACCUGAGCUGGUACAACUUAAGACUCGAUCAAGGUCUACUUCGUUUUUAAAAAGUACAUAAAGUACAGGUUUCUCUAUGAAACUUAUUUAUCCAGUAACUCGAAACUACAAGCUACAACAAGGAUAUUAAAAAACAGGGGUGGAAAAAAUGUUUUACUUUCUGGGACCGCAACAGAAAAUUGAAAAUGUUCUGCAAAUAAUCAAGUAAAUCGACACUCGGACAAUGUACAGUAACUGUGUGACACUAACAAGUUGUCAAACUGAAUGUCAUGCUAUAUUUUAACAGAAAAAAUUCCAGUGCACUGAGAAUCUAUAUUUCCCAGGAAUAAAACAUAAACAACAACAUGCAUCAAGGGUCGGAUCCUAAGGAAAUACAGAUGCCAAAAAAGGGCACUAUACUAUGAGGGCCAGAGCACUAUCAGGAAAUCCAUGCUCCCCCAAGAACAUUUUGAAAAUCAGGUGUCCAAGAAUGGUUAAAAAUGAAUCUACCAUACAACAUUUGUUGCAUUAUUCUAUACAUUUAUACACUAUCACACUAUUAUGAUGGAUGCACUUAUAAAUAAUUACAUUUCUGAGGUCAUACCUUUUCCAUUUCAAUUUUUUUCUGUUGAUUAGGGACUGGUCAUAAAGUAACUGCUAGGGUGGGCUGGAGGUAAAUCACAAAUUUUGCCAAUAAGUUUGGUGACCCAUCUUAGGAUGUAGAUAAAAAUUUCAAAGCCCAUCUAAUCUUGCCAAAUUUAUUUCAUGACCCACCCACCCAAUCUACAGUAAAUUGGGAAAAUACAAUUUUAUAACAAAAAAACUUGCAGGUAUGAACAUUGUAAAUAUACACCCGGUCCGGCACUGUAUUGACAUACAUAAUUCCACCUAGCUUGACAAGCACAUUCAUCACCAAUUACGAUACUGAGCUGCUCUCCAGUUGGUUGUAUUUGCUGUGAUUCAACCACUUCUUGUUGUUGUAUUAAACAAAGUACUGGCUAAUUUUAUUCAAUAGCAUCAUUUGCAUUUGAUAAUUUGAAUAGUUUUGUUUUACUUAUGACCGGUCCCUUAGAAUUUUUCUCUGAAUUUUUCCUUUUUUCUCAUUUUUACAAUUAUCUGUUUUUCAUGUUUCGCUCGCUACUCUGGUUUAAAUAAACGAUUACAAAGCUCGGUCGAAUUAUAAUCAAGACCUAACGUUUCGACACUUCAAUCUAGUGUCUUCAUCAGGGGUGAUCUAAAGUUGCAAUCCUGGCUUCUUAAAUACCCGACGUCACCUGCCAAUGAGAUGCAUGUAUUCCUCUGGCAAAUAGGCACCGUCAUCCCUAUUCAAAGCAUGAUUACUCAUAUUUAUAUGCCACGCUUCUAGGCAUAUUUUUACAAUUAUCUUUUUUUUCGUGGGGAAAUAUUUUCUGAAAUUCUGAAUUAAAUUCUUAAAACAUUUUUCUGGGACCAAUGUCCAUGCAUGGUCCGAUACUUUUCCAUCCCUGACAAUUACAUACACAAACACAUAUACGCCCGUAUUCUAAAAGCUCACUCACACUCAAUGAGUGGAAGUUCAAUCUGAGUUUUUCCCGAGUGUCAUUGCUGUUUUUGAAUGGCUGGAGGGCUAGUGUCAUACCUUACUAUGUGGGUACUCACCCUUCAGCUAUUCAAAAACAGCAUUGACACUCAAGAGAAGCUCCACUCAUUGAGUAAUAGCUACAGUUCACUCCAAGAUUCCUUAAUUAAGGCCCGUUUACACUUGCAAUUUUUGCUGCGAUUUCUAGUGCGAUUUUCUUCUGAUGGAUGUGAAUUACAGAACUAGUAAAUAAGUUAUGAAUGCUUUGAGUAUAUGUAUGUACCCUCAUCUAAAAUUCCUUUGUACAUCCACUCGUUCGCAUACAUGAGGAGAAGAAACUCCCACCUAAGUGUAAGCAGGCCUUUAGUUCCAUCAUGUUUCAUGCCAAUGCACGUCAGACUUACACAUACACUGUAUAUACCGACUUAAAAUUUUGCGGUUUUGAUUACUUUGGAGUUUGGACUUGGAAGGGUUGAUAUAUGGUAUCAUAUGGUACUUAGUCUUAGCUUUUAAAUGCGUAUAUUAUAUUAAUAUCGUAACCAUUUUACUAGUAUUUAUUAUAAAUUGUAAUAUUAUCGGGUGGCUAUUCUAUAGGGGAAUAUCCCUUUUCAGGAAAAUGUAAUUGUUUCUUGUUGUAAACCAUGGCCGGAUUUUGAGGGGAGGUGUACGGAGGUGCGCACCUCCCCUGAGAUCGUUUUGCACCUCCCCUGAGAAUUUUGCACGUCCCCUGAAAAGUCGUGCACCGCCCCUUGGGAAAGUUUCAAUGAUAGAUCAAAGUGAAAAUUUUACAUUUUUGGUUGCUUAGGUCUACAAUUCGUAAGCAAAUUUUUCUGUAAAAUUGAAACAGUGAUAGCCAUUCAUCUCUGUGUCAAGCACCCUCUUGAUGCAAUGUUUUGAAAGACACUUUGUAGUAAUUGUAAUGAAGGGCAAAAUGCCAAAAUUGUAAUGACGGGCAAAAUGUCAAAAUCGGAUAAGUUGUACAGUCACAAUUCACUAAUACACUGAUACAUAUAUGUACACUUCAUGUAUACAGUACGUCACGUCUUGACUGUGGCCCGUUCCACAAAAAACCGGCCUUAUUGUAAACCUAAUAAUAAUACUAAUAUGUGGUACCCAAACCUGGGAACGAGGUUGACGUGGUACAUGGCUGAAAAUAGGAAAUACUAGACCCGUAAUAUUAGUGAGUUUGGCCGUGAUCAACAACACGUCAACACUAUAGAAUUUUACUCCAAGACAAAGGCUGUUAUAAAUUGAAUUCCUUUUUUAGCAUUGUAUGGUACGCCAUAUACAGUUGUUACAUUCCAUUGCUCAUAAACACGCCAACGUUCGAAAUCGUGGGGGGUGCUUUGAAUGAAUUGACGUCUAUUGCUACUUAAGGGUGUUUGUAAGGAAAGAUAAGUAGUUUUAACAAGCAAAUAAUGUUUAGUAAUGUAUACUUUGGCUCCCAUACAAAUAUCUAAAGCCCAGAUCAAACGAGCAUGAGAGUUGCCAGUCACGCGACCUUCAAUCCUCGAUUGCCCGGGGUUUACGUAUUUUGUUUUCUGUUGCCGUUGUCAGUCACCAAGGCUACACUGUCACGCAAAAUUCUCCCAUCUUGUAGCAAAUCUACCGACAGCCAUCAACAAGCUGUGUUCUCGCUGCUUGUCCCAAGUUGUCAACACAGCUUUGGAACAACUUGUUUACAACUUGUAACAAGUUUGAUGGCAUUGUCGGACUUGUUGCAAGGUUGUUCCAUGCAAAGUUUCCGUUGUAGAAAGAUGUAUAUCUUAUCUAAUCCCGAAUGCGAAUUUAGUUAUAGUAUAUAGCUUGCGAUUCGUCUUGAUGAAAACGCUCUUAUUCUUCAAGAAAUUAAAAAUAUUUAUGGGGCUUUGGUGGCACAAUCGUGAAGUGCCUUUCACGUUCGAUUCUCGCUGCAGACUGAGACUCACGAGACAUGAAGGUUACGUGAAUAGAGUCAUUCAACGCUCUACCGAAAUGUCCGUGAUCAGACUUGAGUCACAUGGUGGCUGCCAGAAGCGCCCUCAGAAAGCCUUUGACUCAAUAAAGUUGAGCUGCGUCCUUCGUUAUUCAGAUUAGCUUUCAGUUGCAAGUAAGGAUAAUUAGCACACUCGCGCUUGUCUUACUAACAGAAAAGUAACUUAAGUUUACGUAUGUUAACAUGCAGGAUUUUCUAUCAGAUAUAGAAGAUUCUGAAAAUGGGAAUUUGAACUGCACUCAUGAUUUUUACAUUUUCUUAGAUUGUAGAUGAUGAGAUUUGUGAAGUAGAAAACAGCGUCGACACAGUUCAAAUCACCACCAACAGUGAACCUGCUUCAAAAAUAGAUAUUGAAGAUGAUUAUCCAAAAGAUGAUUUUACUCCUUUGCAAGCAGCUAAUUCUGGUGAAAUUGUGGAGGUAUCUAUUAUUGACAUUUGGAGUUUAUUAACAAAAACUAUAAUUAUUUCUGCAUGAAGCAAUUGAAUUUUCGAUUUGUAAACCCGGAUUACCAUUCAUAUGUCAAAAACUGUAUGACCCACUGUAAAACGAUAUAUCCCGCUUAUACAACAACUUCUCCAGCAAAAUAGCAAUGGUUCCCGCUAUUUUCCCCUGCCAAAAUAUCAACAUUGCCAACUCGAGGAUUAAGUUUGUGCCGGUAGAUGUGUUUAUAUAAAUUUUGGUUUGUGGAAACACCACAUAAAUUUAUUAUAGAUCGAUAAGUAAGCCCGGAUCUUCAUCAGUGAUGAAUACACGCUCCUUUAUAUACCAAAAGCUCCGUGAUCUGUUGGCUUCGUGUUAGUUGGCCAGUUAAUUGAAUGGUUACAUCAGCCUCACUAUUCUAAACGCGGUUAUGUGCUUCUCAGCGCACGCACAAUUAAUCACAUCAGCGUUGAAAUGACACGAAUCAACAGGUAAUGACUCUUCUGGUAUAUAAAGGGGCGGGUGAUGAUUUCUUCUAAGAAUUCAUGGUUGCUGAUUGGCCAACUGUAAAAUCGUCGAAUAUGGAGUUUUUACAUAAAAUUCAAUGGAGUGACGUCGUAAUGUUGAAUAUGAAAAGAAUCAUAUUCAACGGAGUGACGUCAUAACGACGAAAACGAGGCACUGUAACCAAAGUGCAAAAUGAAAGUGGUCCUGUGGGUCGCAAUGUGAAAAGUUGAAUCUGAUAGUUCGUUAGUAAUUGACUUCUCUAUGUACGUGUAUAUAGUAUAUUUUUCUAACAUUUAGGGAUCGCAGUAAUUGGCGCAUGCUGUUGCGAUUGCCCUGCCAGUAUUUGUGUUAACGUUAAUUGUUUGAAUCUGGCAAAGUUAAUAAAUUGAAAUGACGUACUUUCUGAAAGGGUGUGUAUGGGAUAUUUACAAGCACUUUUCUACUAUUAUUAAUACCGGUAUACGGUGGUAAAUACUCAAUCUUCAAUUGAGUUUUGAAACUCCUCCAUAAUUUUUGUAUCUUUUUUACUGUAACAAUACACCCAGAAGAAAUUGUAGCAAGUGCUAAUAUUUAGUGAUGAAAGGAAUAAAAAAUUUGAUUUUUGCUUCUACGAAGUUAUGAUUAUUGCCGCGUACUUGUUUAUAUUUCGUAUCAAAUCUAAGUAUGCCAGGAACACUUCGAUUUUGGACAACAACAAUCUAAUUAUAGUUAAAACUACUAAAUAUAUCAUGAACAAAUCGCAUAAUCUAAUUACCACUGACCAAACAAAAGACAGAUAAAAUAUUUUUGUCAGGUGAAAAGCCGGAUUUUUACAUGCGGCGAGACAGGGAUUUGUUUCAGGCCCUUGUUUUCCUACCCUGGUGGCCUGGUUGCCAGAGAUUCUUGUAUAUUUCGCCUUAUUCCAGCUCGUAUUCAUUUUACGCGCGGGAUUAAGGCGAAAGAUACGCGGAACCUCUGGCAACCAGGGUAUUGUUUUCCCUCCAUCGACCUGCAUUUAGGGAAAACCGGGCCUGUAGAUACUUAAUUGCUUACAGCUCGUCCAUUGCUUAGAAUUUGUUAUCUUUUAGUUAAAAGAAGAGAAUGAGCAAUUAAGACAACAACUUAUGGACUUGAAGAAAUUAAAGGAUCUGGAAACUGCAAGGUAAGCAGAAGUUUAAAUUUGGAUUCAUAAUAUCAAAGUUUAAUUUCCAUGUGGUUGUUGAAUGAAAAAGGUAUGUAGAUUUUUACAAUUGACCGUGAGGCAUCCUUAAAUUAAACAUUUUUUCAUUGUUUCGAUGUUUCCCUUGUCUACACUAUAUGACUACCUUGUCUACACUAUGACUACCUUAUCUACACUAUGACUACCUUGUCUACACUAUAUCACUACGGUGAUCGCUAGAUAGUAUACUUCAAAAUAAGAUUUCUGUUUUUAUAACGUAUUAAAAACUAUCCUAACGCAAAACUAAACCCUAAUACUAACCCUCACCCUAACCCCAACCUAACCCUAACCUAAACCCUAACCUAAACCCUAACCUAACCCUGACUUAUUUUAAAAAUUGAUAUAAAAACGGAAACCUUAUUUUGAAGUAUACUAUCUAGCAAUUACCAUAUGACUACCUUGUCUACACUAUAUGACUACCUUGUCUACACUAUGACUACCUUGUCUACACUAUAUGACUACCUUGUCUACACUAUGACUACCUUAUCUACACUAUAUGACUACCUUAUCUACACUAUAUGACUACCUUGUCUACACUAUGACUACCUUGUCUACACUAUGACUACCUUGUCUACACUAUGACUACCUUGUCUACACUAUGACUACCUCGUCUACACUAUGACUACCUCGUCUACACUAUGACUACCUUGUCUACACUAAUCUAUGACUACCUUGUCUACACUAUGACUACCUUGUAUACACUAUGACUACCUUGUCUACACUCUGACUACCUUGUCUACACUAUGUCUAUGACUACCUUGUCUACACUAUAACUACCUUGUCUACACUAUAUGACUACCUCGUUUACACUAUGACUACCUUGUCUACACUAUAACUACCUUGUCUACACUAUAUGACUACCUUGUAUACACUAUGACUACCUUGUCUACACUAUGACUACCUUGUCUACACUAAUCUAUCACUACCUUAUCUACACUAUAACUACCUUGUCUACACUAUAUGACUACCUCGUCUACACUAUGACUACCUUGUCUACACUAUAACUACCUUUUCUACACUAUAUGACUACCUUGUAUACACUAUGACUACCUUGUCUACACUAUGACUACCUUGUCUACACUAAUCUAUCACUACCUUAUCUACACUAUAACCACCUUGUCUACACUAUAUGACUACCUCGUCUACACUAUGACUACCUUGUCUACACUAAUCUAUGACUACCUUGUCUACACUAUGACUACCUUGUAUACACUAUGACUACCUUGUCUACACUAUGACUACCUUGUCUACACUAUGACUAUUGACUACCUUGUCUACACUAUCACUACCUUAUCUACACUAUAACUACCUUGUCUACACUAUAUGACUACCUCGUCUACACUAUGACUACCUUGUCUACACUAAUCUAUGACUACCUUGUCUACACUAUGACUACCUUGUAUACACUAUGACUACCUUGUCUACACUAUGACUAUUGACUACCUUGUCUACACUAUCACUACCUUAUCUACACUAUGACUACCUUGUCUACACUAUGACUACCUUGUCUACACUAAUCUAUGACUACCUUGUCUGCACUAUGACUACCUUGUCUACACUGUGACCUACAUUGUCUACAUUGACUACAUUGUCUACACUAUGACUAUCUUGUCUACACUAUGACUACUGUACCUUGUGUACAUUAAUAACUACUUUAUCUACACUGUGCAUACUAUUUGCCAAUUGUUUUUGCCUACAUGCACGCUUAACACGAAGCUAUACAAUGAUUGUACCGAAACGAGUGAGCAAAUGAAUGAGGUUAUAAUAACCACAAUUGCCGUAUUGAUGUAUUAUAACAAUAUUCUGCAUGAUGCUUGUGAUGUUACUCUGAGUGUAUAUCCAUACCGGACAGGCUCGAAAAACAUGCCUGGCCACGGUGGGAAUCGAACCUACGACCUUUGGAACACUAACCCAAUGCUCUGCCAACUGAGCUACGCGGUCAGGUCGGUUCGAGUAUGUGAUAUUUUCGAGCCUGCCCGGUGAGGAUAUACACUCAGAGUAACAUCACAAGCAUCUUAUUCGCCUGAGUACAUUACACCAACACAGAAAAUAUCAAUAUUCUGCAUAUUUACAAAAUAAUUCAUCUCCUUAAAGUUUUUCCUAAGUAAAUAAUAUGUUAACAGUUUAUACCAUUUCGCAGAGCAGAAUCCCUUGUGAAAAAAUUAAAGGAAAUGCAACAGAAGGAGAACGAAGAAACCGCUGCUUUGGAGAAAAUGGUUCAUAUGGUUGAGAAAAAUUUGGAGUUGACUACUGUAAGAAUCUCGUUUCAAAACAAACCUAAAGCACACAGCAUUAGUGGACAAACAUUUUUAGCUAAUUAAAGUUGAAGUUGACGAUAAAAUUACAAAUUCUUUUUUAGCAACGAGCAGCACAAGUAGAAGCGACGAAUGUUAAAUUAAAAGAAGAAAAUAAGAUGCUAAAGGUAUAUAUACUAUGUUGUGAUAAUUGAAAUCAUUUUGAACGCUAAAGAUUCUCAGUUCUAGAGAUAUCUCUAUAACAUCACAAGGACAUUAAUGUGAAGUCUUUUGGCUAUGUCACUGGCCUGAAAAAUAGCUCUUUUAACGCGACGAAAGUAUUUAAAACAAAAGUAACGCGAAGCCAACGUAACGGCAAAGACAACGCUAAAAUGAAAUAUUGUCGAUUGGUUGCUGGUAGAACACUUACGACAGGAUCAAUCUUCGAUAACUUUAAACUAUAAGAAUAAAUGUUCACAUCAAAGACAAAGAUCAGUCCCAAAGUAUAAAAUAUGCUCUGCAUGUAAACUUACGACGAAGUGGGGGGAAUGUGUGCAUGAGCUGUUUAUUUGGUCAGACCUCGAAUUUGAGAAACAUAAAGGCAAGGCCAGUUUGUCCUUGAAUGUUACUAAGUUUUUCAGGGCAUCAAGGCCAGUACACAGGGCAUCAAGAUUCAAGGCCAGUUUGAAAAUUUUAUUCAGUUGCUAUUUUGAAGUUUCAAAUAACGUUUGAGUUUCCAUGAGACAAGAAAAAUAUACAGAACAGCAACAAUAUUAAAAAAAAAUGCAACAAUAUCCAAACAAAACUGUGGAUAUUUUAAUACAUGAUUCUGGCUGACGAAAAGGUGCAUUUAAAUACUAUUUUAAAUUUAUUGCCAAUUUUACAAAUCAUACACUUGGUUUUCUAAAGCCUAAGUACUGUAGUCUGGGGUUGAGGGCUGGCCACUACUGGCCGUGGAUUUCAGUAUAUUUCGAGGGCAUAGCGGCCAACAAGCAGGGCAUCGACGGCCAGUGGCCACCGUGGCCGCCGCUAAAUUCGAGGCCUGUUUGGUGAUUUCAACGUAUAUCGAAGCCCUCUUUCCAAUAAUAUUCGCUUAUCGCACAGCAUAACACCAACUGAUGAGUGAUGUGAUAGUUCAAAUGCAAUGAUAAGUUAUCUCUUGAAUUGCGUCUCGGAAACUGUGUUGGAAAUUUAAAUGCUGAUCCACUACAUAAGAUUACCGUUUCACAUCCUUUGAAUAAAACAUUUUGAUCGCAUGUACAGUAAGGAAUUAGUCAAAAUAGCCGCCAUCUUGAAAAUAAGUACCGGGCAAUUGAUCUCGGAACUUGUUACUCGCGCCUCGGAACUUUUACUUGCGCCUCGGAACUUGUUACCCGCGCCAUUUUCGUUGGACCCGCGCCAUUUUCGCUGGAUCCGCGCCAUUUCUACUGACUCGCGCCCCGCGCCAUAUAGACUAUCCCCAUAAUCGUGUAUCGUCAUCGAUCCGUGUCGUUGAAAAAUGAAAAAAUAGCAUUUUGUGAGAAAAGUGCGGGUCUCCGGAACGGGAACUUUUUGGAUUUGAACUCAGCAUGCUUGAAAGUGUUAGUUCCCGUAAAAAUAUUUCAGAAUGAAAGUGAACGAUAUCGGGUCACAACACACGGACUAUUGCCCUUGUAUUUGCCAAACUCGCUAUUUUGAUGCGCAGUCGAGCGGACUUUGAAUGAUGCUGAUUAAAAUUUUAUGUUAUUCAAUAAAUGAUUUCAUUUCAGAGUAAUUCCGUUAGCAAAGCUAUCUACGAUGACUUGGUUAAUAAGCACCAGAAUUAUAUAUCCAGCAUUAAAGAGCAAGCAUUAUCAGUGUCUCAGCAUCUUGAUGCCACCGCUAAAAAGGCAGAGGAAUCAUUAAGGUGAUUUUGCUCUUGAUUUUUUAUGUAUAGUAUUCCAACAGAUCAUUUAGGAAAGUUCUCAGCCUUGGGAAAUGUUGUUCUUAGCCUCGUUCACGUUCAAGAAUUCUAUUCAAUAUCGAUCACAAAAGCGAGGCUGAGAAAGUUGAUUAAAAUGUUCAUGAAAGAAUAUUUAAACCCAUCUGUAUUGAAAGUAUAGUCUAUAUCAUUAGCUGCUACUGUAUUUGGAGCGUGCUUUCCUCUAACAUGUCCUCUAUAUCUUUGUCUUGUAAAUCUUAAGAGACUGAUUGCAAACCAGUAAAUAAUUUUAAUCUAAUGUUAGUGAGUUUAGCUCAACAAAAUCAUAACAAUUAUUUUCCUUUUAGACAACUUCAUUCUGGGGCAGAUGCACUAAAACUCGCAUCUCAGCUGCUAACUUCAAUUGAUAAAUUUACAAACUUACACGACGAUGUUGACAAGGGAGAUUAGAUCCAAAGACUUCAGGAAUGCUGGACAUUCGAGCUACUGUGCCAGUGAAUAUUUCUUAGAAUAACCGUAUACUUGUGCUGGAAUACUGUAAACCAAUAAGAAUCUACACGUAGAAACGAUGCAGCCAUGUAAAUAAGCCAUGGUAUGUCUCGAUCGAGUGCACAGCUAUCUAAAAUCUAGAUUAACCAUGGAAGAAUGACCCAAUCCCACGCCAUUAAGGGUAAGCAACUACAGCGGCUGAACAAUCGUAAUAAUUUAUUUGACAUAAUUACCUAAGGUUAGGGGCGUGGUGGGGUGGGGGUAGGGAUACAAUUCGUUGAUACAAUCCCCCGUUGGCUCGGGGAAAUAACUGUACGAACCAUAAAUCAUUUAAAUUUUUAAAUAAACCAUUGUAACUGUAAAAAAAUACCUUAAUGUAAUACAAAGACAAAGUGUUCAUAUGUAUACAUACUAGUCAAUGUAAAUUCUGACUUGAUUUUACAAUUUACUGACAAAUAUAUAUUUAUAAAGCGCGCAUAAUUGUAUCGACGUGUUUACAGAAAUGAGAAUAUAUGUCAAUGAUUUGACCUGAUUGAUAUAUGGU